AUGUGGAAAAUUUCUGCUGAGCAAUUUUUAGAAUUUGAACCGUCACACGAGGAAAGUCUAGCUGCUAUCUGGAAUAGUCUCAACGAUGAUGAGCGGUCUUCUUUGCCUGUACUGGACCCUGGUGACGUGACAUGCUCCUUAUUCGUGAGCAGUCAAGGGAAGUUAUUGAUCGGUAGAGCAGAUGGCUUAAUUGUCAUGACUUAUGCUUGCGAGACGUUAUCGCGACAGCUACUUGAUGUAUCCUUAGAAAAGCCCACAAUACGAAGACUGAACGGGCAUAAAGCGGCUGUGACUAAUCUUUUCUAUCCCUUUGAACAUCAUCCACGUUUUGACCCUCAACUCUUGGUUUCUGGUGCUGAUGACUUUGCUGUAAUUGUCUGGAAUAUCAACACUGCUGCCAAGUUGUACAAGUUCACCGUGCAUGGUGGUCCUAUACUACGCUUUCUUGUUCCUCCAGCUAACACUAGUAAACAAAUCAGCAAGUGCAUCUGCUCAGUGGCCGCUGACAAUAGCGUUUCACUGCUGAACAUCCGUGAUAUGAAAUGCGCUCUGCUUGCGUCACGACAUCCUCACCCUGUUACCCUGGUGAAAUGGAGACCGUUGGAUGACUUCAUGCUUGUACGCCUCGAUGAUGGCAGUGUAUAUGUGUGGCAAAUGGAAACAGGCAAGUUCAUCUACCCAAGAAUAAGCGUUGUGGGUGAAGAAGUUCUGGCUGCGUGCGAUGAACAAAUUGGACGUGAAGAAGGCACUGAUGAAGUGGCAGCACCUCAGGCUAUUGUGCUUAUGCGAACUUUGCGAUAUCGUGGCAUGGAUAUGGUAAGACAUUUGGGUGCCUCUUUUUACUGAAA